AAUGUCGUUCAGAAGGGAUUUAUUCGUCGCGCUAGCCUGCUGCUGCCUUGCACUCAGUUUCCUGGGCACACAAGCUAAGAAUCUGCCGAAGGCUGCUGUCAGUAAGCGAGACACUUCAGAUUGGUAUUCUUACUUUGAUGACUGGCUAUUUGACAGCGACAGCGAUGAAGGCACCGAAAAAAUCUUGGUCUGUAGCAACUGUACGGUUUUGGUUCAACCAGUUCCAGCAGGUGGAGCAGCUCCAGGAUCUACAACAGCUAAUGUAGACCCAGGAACAACUGCUCCUGCUGGCACUGCAUCAGUUCCUCCUCCCGCUUCACCUCCACCUGUUUCUCCUGGCGCUCCAAAUCCACCUCCAGCAGUUUCUUCUACCGCUCCAAAUGCAGCUACAGCAGUUCCUCCUACCCCUCAAAAUCCAGCUACGGCAGUUCCCUCUACCCCUCAAAAUCCAGCUACGACUGGGUCUCCGGCAGCUCCCUCCAGUAGCUAACAAUCUCCAUUACCUGAAGCUUCAAAAAUUGCUCCUAGUAUUAGUAGCUCCUUUUAUAUGUAUAAUAAAACCAUGCGGUAACAGCUUCUA